AUGCCACUCUAACCAAUUUUGUUCUUCACAGGCAUCCGUUAUACGUAGCGUAUUGGACUGUAGUGCUAAGGUGAGCUGUAUCAGCUUUUUGGUUUCGUUUUGUUUUUUAUGCUCUUAUAAGAAGUAACAAUUCAUAUUUACGAAUUACUUCCAGUAAUUAUUAAUUGUGGAUUUGUCAAGUACCACUUGAAGAACGAGUUAUACAUACUUGAAAUGUAUUUCACUUGGCUGAUCAUGAACUUCAUGAUUAGGGCACUACCCCGGUAAACAAAUAUAAGUACACUCGCCAGACCUUACUGAGCAGGCUGCGAGGAGGCAUUCCUUGACAAUGGAGAGCCAGUCCACGCUGAAGCCUGCCGAGCUGCCUGCAGCUGAAGAGCCUGCCACUGCUGCUCUCAUUCCUCCAUCGCCAGCACCGUCACUUCCUGCCAGCAGUACUGUCCCAACGGAGAGUUGCCUCUCGCAUUCAGCAGUUCAGCCUGGAACCAGUUCAGAAUGCAAACUAAGCCAAGACAGUGAAGACAAACAGCAGGUGUCAUUAAAAGGUGAUGUGGCAGUUGCCCACAGCUCAGACAACACUGUUACAGAUGACAGUAAAGAAGACUCUGCCUUUCAGCCUCCCCAUCAUAAGAAAUUAAAAGUAGAAUCCAAGGAGAAGAAAGACAGGCGACACAAAGUGGAUGAGGAUGAGAUUCAGAAAAUGCAGAUUUUGGUGUCUUCAUUCUCUGAGGAACAACUGAAUCGGUAUGAAAUGUAUCGGCGCUCAGCAUUCCCAAAGGCAGCUAUUAAACGGCUGAUCCAGUCAAUUACAGGGUGCUCUGUGUCCCAAAAUGUGGUCAUAGCGAUGUCUGGUAUUUCUAAGGUAUUUGUAGGAGAACUAAUGGAAGAAGCUCUGGAUGUGUGUGAAAAGUGGGGGGAGACACCACCCCUGCAACCCAAACACUUACGAGAAGCUGUGAGAAGACUCAAGUCAAAAGGGCAGAUUCCAAAUACUAAAUUUAAAAAAAUUAUUUUUAACUAAGUAGAUUUUUUAGAUGGAAGAAAACUGAAACCUGCACUUUGGAGCGAUGAUGUAAGACAUGGAUGAGGUAAUGGCAGAAACAAGAAAAUGGGUGUAGUGUUUGACAGGUUUAUCAAUGUGUUCCACAGUAGUCAAGAAUAAAAGAAAUAAGGUUGUACUGUUUCUUUGAAACUGAUUCUGGCAGUAAGGACUUGUCACUUGAUCUGAAGAUGAUUUUUCGCACUAAAGUAUAGCUGUUGGCUCAUUUUCAUUUCAUCAGAAGCUAUUACAUGUGCACAGAACAUGCUUUUUCACAUUUAAUCCAACCACUGUUUAUAUUGCAAGCACAGAGUGCACUGGUCCAUGGAAGAACAGACUUUUUGCACAAACAGUGUUGGCAGAGGACUGAACUGCAGAGGGAGAGAUCAAAAAGAUGUUUUAAAAUCCAUCAUACCUAACAGACUAAGUGAGUGCAGAUGUGUUCAAAUGCUCAUUAUGUUGUGACUGUAUUUAUGUUUUCCUUUUUUUUUUUUUUUUUUUUGGAAGAAUGUAUUUUAAAUGCAAGCAGAAUGUUAAGUCAUUUAAGGCAUAGAACAUGUAUUUGCUGUCAGGCAGCAGGAAAUGUCAGUUGCAGUAUGAAUAUAUGUAUAUAUAUUUUAACUCUUGAUAUUGUGCUCAUUUGGACAGUGUGAGGCCCAAUUGCAUUCAUUAUGCUCUGUACUGAAUAAAAAUGUUAAGAGAUUAAA